AUGCCUGCGUAUCCGUCCCGUGAAGAGUACCGCCGUGUUCGCAAGACCGACGGCGAGAAGGAGAAGGGCCAGGGUCCGGAAAACGAGAUCCGCGUGACGGCGAAGCAUGGUCAGCGCAGCUACAUCACGUAUGCGAUUGCACUCCUCCGUGGCGAGGAUGGCAAGGUGCAAAACGACACGAUCAAGAUCAGUGCCAUGGGUGCUGCAAUCCACAACGCGGUGAACAUUGCGGAGAUUGUGAAGCGCCGUGUGGUCGGCCUGCACCAGACGACGGAUGUCUCGUCGGAGAUAAUUCACGACGAGUACGAGGCGAUUGAUGGGAAGAAGGAGAAUAUGAAGGUGGAGCGCAAGGUUUCAACCAUCCUCAUCACGCUCUCUCUCAAGCCGCUUGACCGGAACCAUGUUGGAUACCAGCCGCCUCUGCCGGAGUCCGAGGUGAAGGAGCAGGACGACCCCGAGCCUGGCGAGUCCGCUGGUGAAAACCGCAACCGUGGUGAGCGGGGGGAACGCACUGACCGUGGCGGUCGUGGCGGCGGCCGAGGCAACAACAGCGGCGGUCGUGGUCGCGGUUAUUCACGUGGAGGCCAGCGCGGCGGCAGCAACAUCGGCGCGUCCCGCAGUGGCCGUGGUGGCAAUGGUCGCGGUGGCUCCCGUGGCGGUCCCGAUCGUCGCAAUGAUCGCCGUGUAGAUUGA